AGAGAGCACACACACAUUUGGGACUCGGGACACUACUGGAGAGAUUGGUACAGAACUACUGGCUGGUCCUCACAAACAGAGCAGUGAAACUGCACACACACCAGAUCCAAAAUGCUCACCGUUCAGGAGCGCAAGCCCAAGAGGCCUCACUACAUCCCACGGCCCCCAGGCAAGCCCUACAAGUACCAGUGUUUCCAGUGCCCCUUCACUUGCAACGAGAAGUCUCACCUCUUCAACCACAUGAAGUAUAACCUGUGUAAGAACUCCAUAUCACUGGUAUCUCAGAAAGGGGGUCACACAGGGAGGCAGACCAAGACCCCUGGCCCUGCCAAGGACAAACUGUCAUCUUUAACCCUGAAAGAGAACUCAGGCCCACUUCCUUUGAAGCGGGACAUGACCCCUGAGGGUCACAGAGGAGGAGUGGAGAACAGGAGAGAAGAGAAGGAGGAGAGAGAGGAGGAGUGUGGGAGUCCAGUCAGGAAGGACAUUCAGAGUGUGAUCAAAUCAGACACAAGGGAACUCAAAGAGGCCAAGGCUUUGCCACGCCCGUCAGCCUUCUUCCAAGUCACACCCAAUCGGGAGAACCCAGAGGGCGGGCUAAAGUCGCCAAACAACCAAUCAGAGGAGCCGUCUCUGACUCCGCCCAUGCCAUCAUUCUAUAACCCCACCUUCGCCUGGGGCCCAAUGGCCGCAGCCUCCAUGCCGCUGAAGCCCCUCCCACCGCACAUAAUACCCGAGUACCCUCCCUACCCGUUUCCCGAUCGCCACCCGGCCCUCCACCCCCUCUACCAGCCCUACUUCAUCCCAAGGAUGCAUCACCUUUCUGGGCCAAACUCCCAGACCUACCGGCCUACCUUCCUGGAGACCCCACAAAGAACUGUGAUACCCCUGAACCCGGACCACUCCCACCCUUCUGACAUCCCUCCGUAUCCCUACAGAUACGGUCUCCACCUGCCCUAUGGCCUGUACCACCCCCCAGACCACCACCACCCCAUCCCAGGCUCCAGGUACCUUCCUCUGGAUGUGUACGGCCCAGGACCAGGCCCCGGCCUGGGACCUAGGGACUAUGACUUCUACAUCCACCCUAGGCUCCAUGGUGAACCUCACAGUAGACCCACUGAGGAAGGGAACAGCCAGGGGGAGCAGAGCGGAGACAAGCCCAUCAGACUAAGCCCCAUGGAGGGGUGUUCUGCCUUGGGCUCCCCUGACAGACCCAGCCCUCCACACCCCUUCACCCAGAGAGACACUACUGAGGGUUCCAGAUACACUGUCCUGGGGGAACCACAGCCUGUCAACCAAUCAGGAGGACCAGAGCCAGCCUCUCAACCAAUCAGAGUAGACGUGAACAAAGAGGACGCACCACAGAGCUUGUUGAUGCAAGUGGGGACGAAGCACAUGGAAAGAGGGUCGGCAGCCGACAGCGCAGAGCCCUCCACCUCUGACGAAAGCAACGACUCCUCAUCUGAACGAGAUGAGGAUGAUGAGGUUGAAGAUACUGAGGAAGAUCUGAUCCCCCUGAACCUCUCCAAAAAGGACCAGGAGUCUGACCUCCUCACCAGCAGGAGGAGCUGUCCUGAAACACGGCACACAGAGGAGGACCUGCCAUUAAACCUCAGCCUUAGGGCCACACCAGGCAGUCCAGAUCACUGCUCCAAAAUGGCCGCCUCAAGAGGUUUUCAACGGGGCUCCAGCACAGAUCAUUGCUCCAAACUGGCCGCCUUAAUCGCAGUGGGUCUCAGUCAACAGGGCUCCAGCCCAGCUCCCACCCAAACAGACAAGGAGCCCAGUGACCAACAGAGACAGACUGCAGCCCUGGCUCUCUGCCAGCUGGCUAGCUCCUCCUCCUCCUCCUCCUCCUCCUCCUCCAGCCUCCGCUCUACUGCAGCAGACAGCCUGUCAGUACGUCCAACACCAACAAACUCUGGCAGCCAUAGCUGCCCCUGUCCCCCAACAACCACAGCCCUCGCCAGGGAGGUGAAACACACAACUUCAGGCCUCUCUAAGAAGGUCAAACAGGUACACACAGCCAAGGGCCAGGCUGAACAGUCUAGUGCCAAGGCUAGGGGGGUGAAGAGAGCUGCCAGGGGAGAGAGCCAGCUACCAGCCAGGGAAAACACCAAGCUUACAGCACCUCAGAAACAGAGACCGACUAAGAAGGCCAGGGUGGUGAUGGAGACAGGAGGAGGGAGAGCACUGAGGAGGAGACCUCUCUGCUGCUGAACACUAAAGUGCCAGUUGAACCAAUCCCCAUUCACCUGGCACAGGCAGUCAACAGUGGCCCCCAGUCUAGGACCAGGAUGUAAAGGAGCUGUACAGUUGAACCUCCAUGGACCCUCCCCUGUCUGUCUAUAGGAUGAUCAAAUAUUUACCAAACACUAAAAGCAAGACUCAUGUUUUAAACCAACAUGUCGUAGGCUAUAGGGACUGGGGAAACCCUGUCAAAAACCUUCUCACCUGCACUGACUUGGCCCAGGGUAGCCUUUUUAUAUCAACGUUAACCCUUUCCAUUUGAUCACAGAACGCUGUAUAUAACAAGGGUGGAACUAUUUAAGUGACUAUAAUAUGUUGUAUACUACAAGGUGCAUGGUGAUGGGAUAAGGUGUAUAUAUUUAAUACUGUCCUAAAAAAAAAAGCUUUACUAAAAUAAAAUCUGUCCAUAUUUAUCCAUGGGUUGUUGCCUGGCUGUUGUGACUGAGGGUCUAUGGAGAAGGGAAGUGCAGUCUAGGGGUUGCUUUGCUGGUACAGAGGACAUAUGUAGUAGUAGUUGAUAUACAAGAAGCUCCCGCACACUGCUCUAGCAAAGUAUG